AAUACCCUAUACUGCUAUUGGAAAGGCUAGAGUCUGGCAAAAAGGGGUUGCUUGGCUUGGACAGACAUUGGUGGUGAGCUUGGAUUUGUAGUUAUGGGGGGAGAGGGUAUUGAGCAGAGGAGUGAGUACAGAUGGGAAGCUUGGCUUGGAUUGGCCAGGCUAGGAGGGGAUGGGAAAGGAAAGACGGGAUUGACUAGAGCUUAAUUCUCCCACAUAACUACAUACAGUGUAAUAUCCACAUAAUUAUGUCGAUGAGAUACACAAUUGUUGUGAUAAUGAUGUGGAUGUCUAUGUGAUAUGAUAUGAACAUUCUGUAUAUUAUGAUUGCCUCAAGCCUUUCCUCAUUAUUACCCAUAUCCAAAAGUGGACUUGGAUCAUCACCUGUUAACAUACCUGUGUUUAGUCAAUCAUUAAUGACCACAAUCGUACCACAAGGUACCAUUUAAACAACAGGACGCCAUCUCAUUGCGGAACUAACAAGACAACCACCAGACACAUGAUCUGUUUUCUUGUUAUAGGUUUGUUUGAUUUGAUUUUGAAAGAUAUGCUAUCUUUAUAUAUCUAUUGAAUGAGUAGUACUGUAAUGAUUAUGAACUCAAUAGAUUUGGAUGUUGUAACAAUGUGGAAUUAACACUUCUGCCAGUUUCACUCACCGAUACAUUUUUAUGAGUCAAUUCAAUACGAGUGUCAUCGACCUGUUCUAAGUAAUAAUGGGGAGAGGAGGCAACUGCAGUUGGAUUGGAGCAGAGAUCCCUCUGUCAUCUGAAUUCUUCAGUGUGAUCCGGACUGAGCUGUGGCUUUUCCUCAUCCCUGCUGUACUGACUGUGAUCUUACUGGCCCUGUUUCUGGAGGAGGUGGGCUUCUUCCUGCGCCAUGUGCCUUCGUCCAAACGCCAACGCCUCUAUCUGUGGAUACUGGGCAUGUAUCCGGCCUUUGGUAUAUCCUCCAUCAUCGCACUGUAUGUUCCCCGGUCCUCCUCAUUGUGUAAUUUCAUUGCAUCUCUCUACCACUCGAUCACCUUGCUAAAGUUCAUGGAUCUCAUCACAAACUUCUUUGGAGGGAAAACACACAUGCUUGAGAUCUUGGCUGGAGAACAGGUUUCCCCAGACCCUUUUCCUUGUUGCUGCUGCUGUUGUCUACCGAUGAUUGCAAUAAACAGGACAAGUUUGGGGUGGAUGAUGGCUGCUGUGCUCCAGUUGUCUGUGGUGAGAACCAUCCUGUUUUUUGUCACUCUUGUCCUCUGGACAGAUGAGCAGUAUGACUAUGGAGAUGUGGAUUCAGUCAAUCUUAAUCUUUACGUGAAUGGUAUCAUAGGGUUUUCUACAUUUUUGUCUUUCUAUGGCUAUCUGCUGUUUUACAAGGCCACCAAAAGGACGUUGCAUGGUUAUGGUCUGAGGGCCAAGUUUGUCUGCAUUAUAGUGGUAUUGGUGUUAUGUGGCCUGCAGAGUGGAAUCCUCGAGACUGUGGGGGCUCUGGAAGUCCUGCCUUGCACUCCUCCAUUCUCUGUCCUUAUGAGGUCCCAGUUAAUCUACCACUAUGCAGUGGUUGUGGAGAUGUUCUGCAUUGGCCUCUUUGCCCGCCAUACAUUCCGUAAAGUGGAGCCCAGUCCAGAGGAAGGCAUUGGACUAGAAGAAAGGCCUGACAGAGGCCUGCUGCUGGAGAAAGCAGUUCAAACAGAAGAUGGGGCAUUGCUUGGUGUCAUCACACCACCAGAGGACUCCUGGCCUCACUGGUCCUCUGGCGAAGCCUCCAAUCAAGGAUAUAACAGUGACAGUGAAGACAGCCUCUGCAGGAUAGAACAUGCUCCUCUGGAUCGCUUCUCUUUCCCCCUUCAACCUAGAAGUCAAGACUUGGCUCUGCCAGAGAGGUUUAAUCCCAAAGUCUUUGAGGAAAACAAAACUUUAGAUCUGGCCAAAGUGACAGUGACGGCUGAUGUCAACUAUGAUGCAUCUAAAGAUGUCACUGUUGUAUAAACAUUUUGUUCAAGAAUAAAUGUCAUAGACAUCUGGAUAUUCUAGUUCUCUAUGGGAAAGUGUCUCAAGUAGGUAGUAACAUGCAAUUAAGGUGAAACUACAUUGUAGGCCAUUCAUGCACACAAAGAAGAACCAUGUUGUUCUACACAUGUCCUACUGAAGACAUAGUUAAGCACACUAUGAUUGGGGCUGUAGGGUUUUGGCCUCACUAAAUGUGUAAAUUUAAAGCAGCUAUUUAACUUGCUAUCAUGCCAGGGAAGCUAUUUCCCUUG